UGACCUGUCCUCGGAAAGAGAGCGCAGGCCCUCCAGCUGACCGUGGAGCACCGGACACCGGCUCAGCGUCUGAGAAGAGUUCGGGGGGAGUUCUCGGCUGGCUAGCACAAGGACUGGGGAAGGUGGUCCCUCAGCCUGCGGAUAGUCCUUCUCUGAGCAGAGCAGUCCAGGAGGUGACGGAUGCCGCAGUGGAGCAGAACCUGAAGGCGGUCAGCGACUCAGUGGACAGAGUAGCAGAGCACGCCCCCGCGGAGCAGAGUGACAGUUCCUCCCUGGGUGUCCUAUCCUGGUUGUCACACGGUUUGGAGAAGGUCGUUCCCCAGCCAACAUGGAGCCUGAGGGUGAGCACUGGCGCCAGCUCCGAGCCCAAUGCUGUGGAGCAGCAGAAACCACAACCAGAAAAGGUGGAAGAAGAAGUGAUUGUGGCUCCGGCAUCCCCGGUUGCUGUCAGUCCCGUACCACCACCCCCAUCCGUCCCAGCUGAGGUACAUCCAGGAGUCACCCCAGAAGUGGAGGCUGAAGCAGCAGACAAGAAGCCUGAGCAGAGUGCUGGGACCGGAGUGUUAAACUGGCUCAUGCAAGGACUGGGAAAAGUGGUGCCGCAGCCAGAGAUACCAACUGGGACCACAAAAAAUGUGGAGCUGGAGAAGCCUAAAGAGGAGGAGGUGCCCCCUGCAGUGACCCAGAAGGAUUCUAAGGGCAGUGCUGACAGCUCCAGGGUGCGGACCUGGAUAAGUCAAGGUCUGGAGAAGGUCAUUCCACAACCAGUAGUGACAACAAAACAGGACUCUCAGAAUGUAACAUUGUGUCAGGUGGAAGAAAUCUGUAUUCCACCGCCAGACGCCGAGCAAGACGUGAGCGCAGAGCCCCUGGCGGAUGAAGUCCCAGCGGAGCGGGCGCCUGAUGUAGUGGGGCAGUCGGAGGACAGGAGCCUGGCGACUGAGGAUAUAGAGUCCCACCUGCAGGACGAGGCUGCACCAGACGAAAGCGUAGAAGAAGUUGGAACACAACCUGAGGUUCCUGCCUCGCUCGUGAGACCACCAGAAGGGAAAAGGGUUGAAAGAGAAGUCACGGAGUCUGAGAUCGAGAGGCUUUCCUGGAUUUUGGAGGAAGAUGAGGAAGAAUCAGAGCUGCAGGUCUCGUGCUACCAGAGUGACAGCGAAGACGAGGCCCAGGUGACGCAUCAGGUGACGGUUCGGGGUCCCCCGGAAGGUCUGGACACGGCCAUCCUGCCCCCCACAGUGGUUGAAGAAGUGGUGAGCACCCAGUACAUACAGGCUCUGGAAGAAGUUGUUGGUAUUUUCUCGGCUGUGGAUUCAGAUGUCAUGUCCUUCAGUCACCCUGCAGUCAGUAUUGAGGAUGUGGACUCCGGCAGUGUCACGGAUACUCUGGGGCAGGAGGCUCCUAUCCACCCCCCUGUUUCCCCGUACAAGAUCCGGACGCUGACUGUUCCAGGAACUUCCCUGGCGGCAAAGAGCCUGAAGAGGACGCAGUCUGAGUCAGAGAACCUGGAGGAAGCGGCCCCAGAGGAGGAAGAGGUCAUGGAGCGCUCCGCAUCCGCCGUCAGCCACAGCAGUGCUGUCAUCACGGAACGGCUGCAGGAGCUGGUGCGGCUCUUCAAGGACAGGACAGAGCGAGUAAAGGAGCGACUCAUAGAUCCUGAGAUGUCUUCUGAGGAGGAGAGUCCGCCUUCAUCACCGUCUAAAAAACCUGCUGCUCCACCACCUCCCCCUCCUGAGGUGAAGCCAGAAAACAAGGGUGCUGCAGUGGAGGGGCAUGAUUGUGAGAUGCUUUGCUGCAAGUUCAAGAUCCGACCAUGGCGCGAGCGCUUCCAUAAGUAUGAGUUCCCCGCCAGCAUCGAUCCAUUGACCAACCUCAUGUAUGUCCUGUGGCUUUUCUUUGUGGUGUUGGCCUGGAACUGGAACUGCUGGCUGAUCCCCGUGCGCUGGGCUUUCCCCUAUCAGACGCCGACAAACAUCCAUUACUGGCUGUUCAUGGACUACCUGUGUGACCUCAUCUACCUGCUGGACAUCGUCGUCUUCCAGGUCCGGCUGCAGUUUGUGCGAGGUGGUGACAUCAUAACAGACAAGAAGGAUAUGCGUCAGUACUAUAUCAAGACGGAGCGAUUUAAGAUGGACGUCAUCUCUCUCCUUCCUCUGGAUCUGCUCUACUUUAAAUUUGGAGUGAAGUCCAUCCUGCGUUUGCCGCGUAUACUGAAGUACAUGGCUUUCUUCGAAUUCAACAACCGUCUGGAGGCUAUUCUGAGUAAAGCGUACAUCUACAGAGUCAUCCGCACCACCGCCUACCUGCUAUACUGUCUGCACAUGAACGCAUGCCUCUAUUAUUGGGCCUCUGACUACGAGGGGCUGAGGUCCACCAAAUGGGUGUAUGAUGGAGAGGGUAACAGCUACAUCCGCUGCUAUUAUUGGGCGGUGAAGACCCUCAUUACCAUCGGAGGCCUCCCAGACCCUCAGACACUUUUUGAGCUUUGCUUCCAGUUGCUGAAUUACUUCAUGGGUGUGUUUGCCUUCUCUGUAAUGAUCGGUCAGAUGAGGGACGUCGUGGGAGCGGCGACCGCCGGUCAGACAUAUUACCGCAGCUGUAUGGACAGCACUAUAAAGUACAUGACCUGCUACAAGAUACCCCGCCCUGUCCAAAACCGCGUCAAGAUGUGGUAUGAGUACACUUGGCAGUCCCAAGGCAUGCUGGAUGAGUCGGAGCUGAUGGUUCAACUUCCUGAUAAAAUGAGGUUGGAUCUGGCCAUAGACGUGAAUUACAACAUCGUCAGUAAAGUGGGUCUGUUCCAGGGUUGUGACCGUCAGAUGAUUUACGACAUGCUGAAGAGACUCCGCUCUGUGGUUUACCUGCCUGGAGAUUACGUGUGUAAGAAGGGAGAGAUUGGACGUGAAAUGUACAUCAUAAAAGCUGGAGAGGUGCAGGUCUUGGGUGGCCCAGAUGGACAGACAGUGCUGGUCAGCUUAAAGGCUGGCUCCGUGUUUGGAGAAAUCAGUUUGCUGGCACUGGGUGGAGGAAACAGACGAACAGCAAAUGUAGUUGCUCAUGGAUUUACCAACCUGUUCAUCCUGGACAAGAAGGAUUUGAGUGAAAUCCUCACUCACUACCCGGAGUCUCAGAAGGUUCUUAGAAGGAAAGCAAAGAAAAUGCUUAAAAACAGCAAUAAACCAAAAGAGGAGGGUCCACAGCAAAAAGGUUUCCAGCACAUUAUACCACCAAAACCAGAGACCCCAAAGUUGCUGAAAGCCGCUGUUGCUGCCACAGAGAGGAUGGGCUUCAAAGGACUGUCAAAAAUAAGACGACAACUGAAAAUGAAAAAAUCUGUGGAACCUGCAAGAAGCAGCCCCAUCCCACCUGGAUCCCCAGUGCACCGCCGCUCUCCCGUCCCCGCCAUCCGGUCAGAGGAGGAUGAGUCUGCUGAGAUUGUUGCAGAGUCUACAGACAGCAGGGUAUUUAUAAGGGUCAGCCCGUCCCCGCGGGGAGAUGAGCAGAUCCUGUCUGUGGAGGUAACUGCCCCCGAGGAGGACCAGAAGUGAGAGGUGGUACCCCGGACGUAGAAGAUCAUGUGCAUUUAGUACUUACUGCUCCGUAGCACCAUUAUGUGGUGGUGGUGCGCAUGGUCCAUGGAUAUCAGAAAAUGCAGGGUUAACCAUAGCCUGCGCUUAGUCCUUAACCUUUGCAUGGUUAGGAGUUUGUCCUGCAAAUGGUGUCCUAUAGGUGGACGUAGCCCCUACGGAGGUGCUGUGAAGAUGACUCCAGGAGAAUUGAUGAGAUCCUGGAGGUUCCUGGACACAACAUCCUCCUCCAGCUGCAGACUGACAUGGAGCUUGUGAUCCUGCAGAUUGUCCACUGCCUCCGGUCACAUCCGAUGAUCUCCACCUGAUGGACUGAAAGGUGAUAGCGGCUGGGACAGUGUUUCUGAUCAGUGGCACAAACCAGAAUGUGCUCAUCGUCCUGUGACUGGGUCACCACUCUGAAGAUCAGCCGCAGCAGCUUUAUACCAGCCGUGAUUGUUAGAUGCUGAAACCUUAUUCUGAAAUAAAAGUAAUGGUGCCAACUGCCCCUAAAGCGUGCU